AUGGCGCUGGGGUUGCAGCGUGCAAGGUCGACCACCGAGCUGCGCAAGGAGAAGUCCCGGGAUGCGGCUCGCAGCCGGCGCAGCCAGGAGACCGAGGUGCUGUACCAGCUGGCGCACACGCUGCCCUUCGCGCGCGGGGUCAGCGCGCACCUGGACAAGGCCUCCAUCAUGCGCCUGACCAUCAGCUACCUGCGCAUGCACCGCCUCUGCGCCGCAGGGGAGUGGAACCAGGUGGGAGCAGGGGGCGAACCACUGGAUGCGUGCUACCUGAAGGCUCUGGAGGGCUUCGUCAUGGUGCUCACUGCUGAGGGAGAGAUGGCUUACCUGUCAGAAAACGUCAGCAAGCACCUGGGCCUCAGUCAGCUGGAGCUCAUCGGACACAGCAUCUUUGAUUUUGUCCAUCCCUGUGACCAGGAGGAGCUCCAGGAUGCCCUGACUCCCAGGCCCAGCCCAUCCAAGAAGAAAGCUGAGGCCCCCACCCAGCGCCGCUUCUCCUUGCGCAUGAAGAGCACGCUCACCAGCCGCGGGCGCACACUCAACCUCAAGGCUGCCACCUGGAAGGUACUGCACUGUUCAGGACACAUGAGGGCCUACAAGCCCCCCACGCAGAUGUCACCGGGCGGGAGCCCCCGCGUAGAGCCCCCCCUGCAGUGCCUGGUGCUCAUCUGUGAAGCCAUCCCCCACCCCAGCAGCCUGGAGCCCCCCCUGGGCCGGGGGGCCUUCCUCAGCCGCCACAGCUUGGACAUGAAGUUCACCUACUGCGAUGAACGGAUCGCAGAGGUGGCCGGCUACAGUCCUGAUGACCUGAUUGGCUGCUCCGCCUACGAGUACAUCCACGCCCUGGACUCGGACAACGUGAGCAGGACCAUCCACACCCUGCUGAGCAAGGGCCAGGCGGUGACAGGCCAGUACCGCUUCCUGGCCCGGAGCGGUGGUUAUUUGUGGACCCAGACCCAGGCCACGGUGGUAUCGGGGGGCCGGGGCCCUCAGUCAGAGAGCAUCGUCUGCGUGCAUUUCCUGAUCAGCCGGGUAGAGGAGACAGGGGUGGUCCUGUCCCUGGAGCAGACAGAGCGACAUUCCCGGAAACCUUGCCACCCAGGGGCCUCCUCUCAGAAGGAUACCCCUAAUCCUGGGGACAAGACAGACACCCCUGGUCCCCGGAUCCUGGCCUUUCUGCACCCUCCGGCCCUGAGCGAGGCCACCCUGGCCGCUGACCCCCGCCGAUUCUGUAGCCCGGACCUCCGGCGUCUCCUAGCACCCAUCCUGGAUGGGCCUCCUGGAGUAGCCACACCCAGCACGCCACAGGCUAUGCCCCGUCCCCAGAGCCCUGUCCCUGCUGAUCUCCCGGACCGGCUUCUUGUGGGCUUGGAGAGAGCACACAGGCUCUUCACUGCCGGGAGGGGUGGAAGGACAGCUGAGACGGAGCUCAGCACAACACAAGAUGCUGAUGCUCUGGAUUUGGAGAUGCUGGCCCCCUACAUCUCUAUGGAUGAUGAUUUCCAGCUCACCUCCACAGAGCAGACUCCCAGGAUCUACCACCGACCCAAAGCCGCAGUCCGCCGGCCCCGUGCUCGGAGCUUCCACGGCUUGUCACCCCCAACCCCAGAGCCCUCCCUGCUGCCCCGCUGGGGGAGUGACCCCAGGCUCAACUGCUCCAGCCCUUCCAGAGGGGACCCCUCUGCAUCCUCCCUAGUGGCUGGGGCUCGGAAGAGGGCCCUGGCCCAGAGCUCAGAGGAUGAGGGGGUCGAGCUACUGGGAGUGAGACCCCCCAAACGGCCCCCAAGCCCAGGCCCUGGAAACUUCCUCCUGCCUCCGCUCAGCCUGAGUUUCCUUCUAACAGGAGCACCAGCCCCCCGAAGCCGGCAGGAUGUCAGCAGCCUGCUCCUGAAUGUGCCUGAGCCCGUGGGCCUGGGUCCCUCACUGCUCUCUCUGUAUCCUGAGGAGGAGGCCACUGCCCAGCGUAGGAGCCACUUGGCGUCACCACCACCCAUAGCAGCUGUGGGCUUGGCUCAGGCCCGCUGAGCCAAGCCCUCCUCCCAGCUCCUCCUCCUGCCUUACACAGGACCUCAGCCACACUCCACACCGACAGC